AUGCCACCUCGUCUUCGUCUUUCGUCCUCACAUCUCUCCCGGCCAGUACGGACGCAAAAACGCCUAGGACAACAAAAUGGCAUGAUACACAGCACUCGAUACGCCAGCACGGCCACGGCAGCCGCCGCAUCAUCAGCUACUGUCCCUCCUCCCUCUUUGGAACAAAUGAAAAAAAGCCCAUCUCGCAUCGCCCGCACACCCUCCGUCCAACCCCCUUCUCACAGAAGACCCGAGGAACGCCGCUCCCAACUACUCCGACAAUACACAUCCCUCAUCCGCACAGCGCCGUUGAUGGUGUUUUUCCAACAUAACAAUUUGCAGUCUACAGAAUGGACUGCGAUCAGGCGUGAAUUGACGCUUGCAUUGAGGAAAGUGGACGAACAACAAGCCUCCGAGGGACGAAGCACGACCCCUAUAGCGCCACAUGUGAAAUUACAGAUUAUUCAGACGAGUAUCUUUGAGGUUGCGCUGCGAAUCGUUGACUAUUUCAAGCCGGAGAAUUUUGCCGAUAAAAUUGCCGCGGCGGAGGCAGAGGAGGAUAUUUUGUUGCAUGAUCUGUCGCGUACCGUUCACGGUGCCGUACGACAUAUGAAGGGCAAACAUGACUUGUCCACCAUCCUGUCUGGUCCGUUAGCUGUUCUUACGAUCCCCAACGUCUCGCCGGAACAUCUCAAAGCCGCUCUUUCAAUUCUCGCGCCCAAGGCAUCGGGCUUUUCCGCGCCUUCUCGCAAGGCGAACCCGGGAUAUCAUGAAUUGACCGUUCAGGACGGAUUACAGAAACUAAUGGUCGUGGCUGCUCGCGUAGAUGGCCGCGUUUUCGAUCUUGAAGGCACGAAAUGGGUGGGAAGCAUUGAGAGUGGUAUUGACGGUCUUCGUGCUCAGCUUGUGUAUGCUUUGCAAGCUGUUGGAGCUGGUGUCACGUCUACUCUCGAGGGUGCGGGAAAGAGUUUGUAUCUUACCAUGGAGAGUCGGCGGAGUGUGUUAGAAGAGGAGGAGAAUGGUGGGGAGAAAAAGGAGGAGUCCUCUUAG